UCCCCCUAGUAGGCAUGUUACUUCUGUGGGUAAAAGGAGGCUUUACAACAUCCUUACCUUCGCAGCGAGGAAAAACAUCCUUUUACAGUGGAUUAGUGAUAAGGUUCCUUCUAUUACUAAUGAAGCCAGUCUGGUCUCCUUUCACAAUUAGUGGCAGUGAGUCCUCUAAUCUUGUGGCUAGAAUUUCAGAAAGCAAUUUUCUAUCCACAUUCAGAAGGGAAAUUGGUCUGUACGAGGAACAAGACUCUGGACACCCACAGGGUUUUGAUGGUGGUAGCAUCGAAGGGGCCGGCUACAGUCAGGAAUACAAUAAAGUGUUACAGCAUUUGUGUUCAGCACAUUCUUUCCUUUAAUCUGUUAAUUAUUCACUGUUGCAUUUGACACUUAGUCAUCUUAAUGGGUAUGUUUUAGUCAUUGCAUUCAGGGGCUAUACCCGUUAUCUAUGUAUGAGGUUCUACAUUUAGAUCUCUUGUUACUUCCUGUUUGAGUCACUGCUCAACUUGAUUCGAAAAGCCCCACAUGACAAGUGAGGGUGGAUCUAUGGCUCUAUGUUAUGUUGAAACACUUUCUCACCAUACACAUAUUUAGUUGAAGACCAGAUAUUGUUACAAGGAGGGUGGAUAUCUGACAAGAAUGAGCAAGAAUUGGCAAACUAUGCAAGUCCAGCACUGAGAGGAGGUGAUGGGGAUUGAGAAAUUACCGUUGCGUUUUCUUAUUCAUUGCAUUUGGCUUGGAGUGUGGGGAGUUGAUACCACGUCAUGGACUGCUGAGGUGCCCGGCUCAGUCUCCGGCCUGGAGGGCUCAUGCAUCGUGAUUCCCUGCUCAUUCAACUACCCAGAACCAAAGAUAAAGCCCUCUGAAUUCACUGGCAUCUGGUUCAAAGACACUUCUGAGGUUAUCUACCACCCAGACAGCUCCAACGUCAUCACAGACUACAGGGGUCGUACAGAGCUGGUAGGAAACCUCAGACAGAAGAACUGCUCUCUCAGAAUCGACCCCCUCCAUAGCAGUGACAAAGGACCCUUUACUUUCAGGAUUGAGAUCAAAGACUAUAACAAGGCUUCAUACAAAGAUGACAGAGUCUCCAUUGCAGUGAGGGACUCUCCAGACCCCCUCUCUCUGUCAGUGAUGGAGGUGGUGAAGGUGGGGGAGGAGGUAUCUGCCUCCUGCUCUGUGUCUCACUCCUGCCCAUCUGAUCCCCCUCUCAUCACCUGGAGCCACUCUGGAACACCCAGCAUCCAAUCACAGCAGCAGACCAAGGGCCAGUGGGAAGAGACAUCAACCCUGACCUUUAGAUCCAGCAACGCUGAUAACAACCAGCCUCUAGUCUGCACAGCAGCACACAGGGGAGGGAAGACAGUGAAAAGCUCCAAGACGCUAACUGUCAAAUAUGCCCCAGUGGAUGUGAAGGUUAAGGGAGUGUCCAGUGUGAAGGAGGUGGACUCUGUAGAGCUGAGAUGCUCCAGUGACAGUAACCCUGCUGCCCACAGCUACCGUUGGCACAACAGCAGAGGACCUCUGCCCACCACUGGACCCACACUCACACUGGAGAAUGUGACCAGACUCACUGAAGCCCUCUACUGCACUGCCAUCAACACAGAGGGACAAGGCCAAUCCAGCCCACUGAAGCUCAACGUAGAGUACCCCCCAGAGAUCAAAGUGGACUCUGCCUGCACUUCAGACAUCUCUAUGGUAACAUGUCUGUGCAUUGUGGAUUCAGAGCCCCCCAGCACUGUGGAGUGGUCUCUUCCAGCAGGACACCUGCCCAGUACCAGGGUGGAGAUGCAUGGGUCAGUUACCAUGGUUAGCCUACAGAGGGCACUAGGCUUCUCAGAGACCGUCCACUGCCAUGCCAGCAACACACAGGGCAAUGCCACCUUGUCCUUCACUGUGUCCACAAAUGAUAAGAUGUUCAUGCUGUACGUUUCAAUUGGUAUUGCUGCAUUAGUGGUGGUGGUAAUACUAGUUCCCAUGUCAGCUUGCCUAUUGACUAAGAAGGGUGGGAGGAGUCAUAGUGACCUGCCAGUAGCCAGUAUACAGGACAUGGAUGCAGCCAAGUGUGCUUCCUCAGAUCCCUCAACAUCAAGGAAAGAGCAGAAAGACACCAGCAGUGAAAUCCUCACAAACUACUACACCAACGAUCAGCUAUAUGGCAACAUGGAGGCUGAAGAAGAUGGUGACCCAUACGAAUGUGUUGGUGGAGACGAUGCAAUCUAUGGUAACAUUUGAACACAACAGGAAGCAUGUGGGAGUCAGCUGGCUCAGAGGCCAUUGUACUUCGUCUGUCAAAAGCUCCAGUAAAAUAUUUACAUUUUAACACAAUGUAGCACAGCAGCCGACUGCUUAUUUGUUAGCUUUAUUGUUAUUAUGGAUAAAGAAUAUAGUACAUUCUUAUUUGUGUUGUGGCUUGUGUUAUGGCUUUCACAAGGUUUUUGUUUGUAUUUAUGGCUUGGGUGAAUCAAAAUGAACCUGAUAUGAAUGGCUAUACAGUUGUAAUAGUUGAGAAGCGUAUAUACCGUAUAUUAUUGUUUUUGUGUUGCUCCUUUCAACUGUAAUCCACUUUAUGUGUAACUGACACUCAGGUCAGCUCGGUGCUUCUGUGGUCCCCUUGAAUGUACAGACAGAUAGAGUAUAGUGUCAUUUGUCAAAACAGGCCAUAUUGAGAUAUACUGUAUGUACUUGAGAUGGAGAAUACAACGAUUGUAAAGUACCUUGAACAUUUUCUCCAGAUCAGAUUGAAUAUGAACGUGGUUAAGAAGGAGUGUUUUGAACACUGAUGUUAACCUGUCUGGUUAUAACCUUUUUUGGCAAGACAGAUCUUUCAAAAAGUGGUGGAGUUGCAAUCUUUACCAAGGAACAACUUCAGUGCUUGGUUGUCUCCACCUGGUAUGUCCCCAAACAAUUUGAUUUGCUGGUUUUAUGCAUUCAUUUUUUAAAUGACUCUUUGUUGACUAUUGCUGGGUGUUAUCGGCCACCUUCAGCACCGGCCUGUACCCUAAAUGCCCUAAGUGCUCUCCUGGCCCCUUACACUAAGUAUGAAUUUGUCCUGCUAGGGGACUUAAACUGGGACAUGCUUAAACCACCUGACCAAGUCCUAAAGCAAUGGGACUCCCUAAAUCUUUCUCAGAUUAUUACUAAUCCCACAAGAUAUGACUCCAAAACCCCAGAAAAGGCUACUCUCCUAGAUGUUAUCCUUACAAAUUAUCCUGAAAGGUAUCAGUCUGGUGUUUUCUGGAAUGACCUUAGUGAUCACUGUUUUACAGCCUGUGUUCGUAAUGGCUGCUCAGUGAAACGACCUGUCCUGAUUUGUCAUAGACACUUGCUAAAAUGUUUUAAUGAGCAAGCCUUCCUUCAUGACCUGGCCUCUGUAAAUUCGUAUUGAAUCAGCUUUGACGCUUUUUCCCUCUUUUUUAAAUAUUUUCAGUGGUAUUGUUAAUAAAUACUUGCCCAUAAAGAAAAUAAGAACUAAAAGCCGUUUCCCUGGUUUGACCGUGAUCUGGCAGAGUUGUCUCCAGCUCAAGAAUUCCAUUUGGCAAAUCGCUCGGCACAUGCAUACUCAGGCUGACUGGCUCUCGUUCAGGCAAAUUAGAAAUAAGUGUACUGAGGCUACCCGGAAGGCCAAAGUUAGCUACAAAGUUUCUCCCUGCAGGCGGUUACUGAGUUAGAGGUUCUAAAGGAGCUCCUUAAACUUGACUCCCCAAAAAACUGUUGGUCAGAUGGCUUAGACAUUUUCUUCUUUAAGGUUGCUGCCCCUGUCAUCGCCAAGCCUGUCUCUGACCUUUUAACCUGUCUCUCCUCUAUGGGGAGGUUCCCACUGCUUCAAAGGCAGCCACGGUGGUUCCUUUAUUUAAAAGGGGAGAUCAAGCUGAUCCUAACUGUUAUAGGCCCAAUUCUAUUUUGCCCCGUUUAUCAAAAGUGUUGUAAAACUUGUCAAUUAUCAACUGACUGGCUUUCUUGAUGUUGUGGCAAAGAAGGGGGUCAAGUGAUAAAUGGCAGAUAUGUGAGAGCAGAACUAAUAAACGGGCUCUGCCCUCUCACUAAAAUGGCCACCCGGAUCAGAACUACAGAUCACAAAAAGAACGACUGCCAAAACUACAAUUCCCAGAAGCAAGGGGGACGCUCAGAAGGUUGGGCCGACCCACAGAUAAGGGGUGAAGACAAACCACAACGAGAGAAAGGAGGAGCUGGAAGGAUCUGUGAACCAUAGAGAAAGAGACAAUAUAUAUCGGUUGGAUUUACCGUGUAUGAGCUGGACUGUUUGGACUUACCUGUGGGCGUUUGGACCUGGACCUAUCGAGAACCCGAUUCGUGGACCGAACCCUGCUAUCCUUGACCUCGUCUGUGGCCUGUGUGGACCAGGACGGAGAAACAAACACACAGCUACUGUCCUGUUCGAAAGAACUCUCAUUCUGGGGUAAUUUUGGUGAUGGUUUACCGCUUAAUUUGUGACAAAUUCUCCUAAUCUUGAAGAGGUUUGUCACAAUGUCUAUAGUAUUCUCUUGGGUCUGCAAUCUGGAUUCCACUCAGGUUAUGGAUAUAUCACUGCAACCGUAAAGGUCCUAAAUGAUGUCACCAUUGUCCUUGAUUCUAAGCAAUGUUGUGCUGCAAUUUUUAUUGACCUGGCCAAAGCCUGUGAUACGGUAGACCAUUCCAUUGGUGUUUCUGAGGGGUCUUUGGCCUGAUUUGCAAACUACCUCUUUCAAAGAGUGCAGUGUAUAAAGUCAGAACAUCUGCUGUCUCUGCCACUGCCUGUCACCAAGGAAGUACCCCAUGGCUCGAUCCUAGGCCCUACACUCUUCUCAAUUUACAUCAACGACAUAGCUCAAGCAGCAGGAGGCUCUGUCAUCCAUUUAUAUGCAGAUUAUGCAGUCUUAUACUCAGCUUUCCCCUCCCCGGAUUUUGUGUUGAACACUCUACAACAAAGAUUUCUUAGUAUCCAACAAGCUUUGUCUGCCCUUAACCUGGUUCUGAACACCUCCAAAACAAAGAUCAUGUGGUUUGGUAAGAAGAAUGCCCCUCUCCCCACCGGUGAGAUCACUACCUCUGAGGGUUUAGAGUUUGAGGUAGUCACAUCACACAAGUACUUGGUAGUAUGGCUAGACGGUACACUGUCCUUCUCUCAGCACAUAUCAAAGCUGCAGGCUAAGGUUAAAUCUAGACUUGGUUUCCUCUAUCGUAAUCGCGCGUCUUUCCCCCCCAGCUGCCAA